CGCGGCUCCGCCAAGCUGGCCUUCCUGGACCUCAGCUACAACAACCUGACCCAGCUGGGCGCCGGGGCCUUCCGCUCGGCCGCCAGGCUGCUCAAGCUGAGCCUGGCCAACAACCGCCUGGCCGGCGUGGACCAGGCCGCCUUCGAGACGCUGGAGUCGCUGCAGGUGCUGGAGCUCCAUGACAACCACCUCCGCAGCCUCAACGUGGCCGCCCUGGCCGCGCUGCCCGCGCUCCGCACGCUGCGCCUGGACGGGAACCCGUGGCUCUGCGACUGCGACUUCGCCCACCUCUUCUCCUGGAUCCUGGAGAACGUCUCCAAGCUGCCCAAAGGCCUGGGUGAAAUCCAGUGCUCGCUGCCCGUGGAGAACAGGAGGGUUUCCCUGCACGAGCUGUCGGAGGGCAGCUUCAGCGCGUGCAAGUUCAGCCUCUCGCUCACCGACCUCUUCAUCAUCAUCUUCUCGGGCGUGGCCGUGUCCAUCGUCGCCAUCAUUUCCAGCUUCUUCCUAGCCACGGCGGUGCAGUGCUUCCACCGGUGUGCCCCCAACAAAGACACCGAGGAGGAAGAUGAGGAUGAGGAUGAGUGAGCCAGCCUUCCUGGUCUCAGCCGUCCAGGCUUCCUGCCAGCAGGCCCUCUCAUACCUGAGGGGGAAAUGCUGAACCCAGAAGGGAAGUGACGAGAGUCCGUGACCCGAGUAGCAUCCUCCCCCUUGUAGUGCCCUGGACCCUGGAGUUCCCGGCAGGACCUCCGGUCUCUGAGUUUAGCUUCUGCAGAGUAGACAAUUCCAGGAAAAGUCAGGGGAACCAUUCCUGCAGGAGAGCCUUCGCCCACGUAGGUGUGUGGGGGAGAAGAUGGCCAAGCUCAGCUUCCACGCUGAGGAUGGUUGAAAAGCUUCCAAGGAGCUGGAAAGACUUGCACCUUUGGAGUGAAAAGACGGUUUGGGGGCCAUUCAUUUCUCUGGCCUGUGCUGGGAGAUCAACAUGCCUCCUUCCUCCUAAGACACAGAAUCGUGCUCAGCGGAGACUCAAGGUCUCAUCAUUCUCCUGCUUGUUCUGGGGACGAGGAUUUUGCUCUGUAUAUAAUAGGCCUCAGAAACCUAGGGAUGUUAUGCAGAGAGCAAAUAAAAUCAUGUUGGGCCAAAGAAGAAA